CCUUCAACCAUGGCUUAUAGUAUUUUUUUGUAUCUAUGUGUUUUUUACUUUACAAGUCUUCACUUCAUUUCUACAUUGUCUAAGUCUGAUAAUUACAUCAUUCACAUGGAUUUAUCAGCUAUGCCAAAAGCAUUCACAAACCAACAUAGUUGGUAUCAUUCAACAUUGUCUCAAGUUAUUAGUACCACCAACAACAAUAUUCUCAAAUCUACAUCUUCCAAAAUUAUAUAUACAUACACAAAUGUGAUAAAUGGUUUUAGUGCUAAUCUAUCACCUGAAGAGCAUGAAGCACUAAAAAAAUCCCCUGGUUACAUUUCUUCCAUGCCUGAUUUACCUGUCACACUUGACACAACACAUUCACCUGAAUUCCUUGGCCUUAAUCCAUACAAAGGGGCAUGGCAUGAUUCAAAUUAUGGUAAAGAUGUAAUUAUUGGUAUGGUGGACACAGGUGUUUGGCCAGAAAGUAAGAGUUUCAAUGAUAAUGGAAUGACUGAAAUUCCAUCACGUUGGAAAGGAAAAUGUGAAUUUGAAGUAAAUACAUCUUUUUGCAAUAAGAAACUGAUUGGAGCUAGAUACUUCAAUAAAGGAUUUUUGGCAGCGAAUCCAUCGCUGGCCUCAGAAGUUAAGAACUCAUCGCGCGACGACACGGAAGGACAUGGGACUCACACUGCAUCAACUGCUGGUGGAAAUCAUGUUGAUGGUGCAUCUUUCUUUGGGUAUGCAAAUGGAACAGCAAGAGGAACAGCUCCACUUGCUAGAAUAGCUGUGUACAAAGCUGCUUGGGGUCAAGGUCUUGCUGUUUCAUCUGAUGUAAUAGCUGCAAUUGAUGCUGCAAUACUUGAUGGUGUUGACGUUUUGUCAAUAUCAUUAGGACUUAGCAAUGUGGGUUUGUCUGAAGAUCCAAUUGCAAUAGGUUCAUUUGCAGCUAUGGAAAAAGGUAUUUUGGUUUCAACUUCAUCAGGGAAUAAUGGACCUAAAUUUCAAACUCUUCAUAAUGGAGUACCAUGGGUUAUAAAUGUGGCUGCCAGUACUUUAGAUCGCCAAUUUCAGGGGAAAGUUACACUUGGAAAUGGGGUUUCAGUCUCUGGCUUUUCUAAUUACAUAGGAAACUUCUCAACUAAAAAUUUUCCAAUUGUUGACUUGGGUUUCUGUCAAAAUGAGGACGAACUUGCCAAAGCGAAGAACAAGAUUGUAUUGUGUCAAGACACCGACGACGGUAAUUUUCUUAAUCUAGUAUAUCAAGUGCUUAAUGCAAAAAAUGUUGGUGCUAUUUUCAUAUCAGAGUCAAAAUCAGAUGACCUAUUAGACAUCGUAUGGUAUAUUCUUCCAUCCAUCACUGUUAACAACAUAGAUGGAAAAAUUGUCAAAGAUUACAUCAAGAGUAACUCUAAAUCAAUAGCAAAAAUUUUAUACAAGCAAACAAGUUUUGGUAUUAAACCAGCACCUAGUGUUGAUGAUUAUAGUUCAAGAGGUCCAUCAAAAAGUUGUCCCUAUGUGUUAAAACCUGAUAUAACUGCUCCUGGUACAUCAAUAUUAGCAGCAUGGCCCGCAGGUGUUCCUGUGUUGGAUUUGGAGACUUCAACAGUGUACAACGAUUUCAAUGCAAUAAGUGGUACAUCUAUGUCAACGCCUCAUGUUUCAGGUAUAGCAGCCCUUAUAAAAGGGGCACAUCCUGAUUGGAGUCCUGCUGCUAUUAGGUCAGCUCUUAUGACAACAUCAGACACAUUUGAUAAUACUAAGCAACCUAUUAAAGACAUUGGAGAUGGUAACAAUGCAGCAACACCUUUAGCAAUGGGAGCUGGUCAUGUUAAUCCAAAUAGAGCACUUGACCCUGGUCUUGUUUAUGAUGCUGGUGUACAAGAUUAUGUUAAUCUUUUAUGUGCACUUAAUUUCACACAACAACAAAUCACUACCAUCACAAGAUCUUCUUCCAAUGAUUGCUCUAAACCUUCUUUGGAUAUCAACUAUCCUUCUUUUAUUGCUUUUUUCAAUUCAGAAAAAUCUUCUUCAAUCCAAGAAUUUCAUAGAACAGUUACCAAUUUGGGGGAGGGAAAAACAGUUUAUGUUGCUAGUGUUACUCCUAUUAAAGGUUUUAAUGUUACUGUUAUCCCAAACAAAUUGACGUUCAAUCAGAAGAAUGAGAAGAUGAGUUACAAGUUAAGGAUUGAAAAUACAGGAACCACAAAAGAAAAGAAUGUGGCUUUUGGAUUUUUAACUUGGAAUGAUGUGAAGCAUGUGGUUAGGAGCCCUAUUGUGGUAAGCACCCAAAGUUUCUAGAAGUAGAUCACUAUAUGAAACCAAAUUAAUAAAACUUUUAUUUAUAUAUUUAUGAUAUAGUACUUGUGUCAAUAUAUCUUACAAAGAUAUGUUUGUUUCUUUUUUUUCUUUAUAAUCUCUAUUGUUUUUAGAGUACAAAGCAUAUUAUUUUGGAAGGUAAUAAGAGGAUUAUAUAAGUUCCAGAGAGUA